AUGCUUGCUUGCCUCUCCAGACCCGACAAGGGGCAUCCAUCGAUGGAGCCGUUUGGUGGAGCAGAGAGAAGGAGCAGGUCAAAUGACGGAUGGUUCAUCAGAAAAAUGAGCACAAGGAGAGACAAGGAGCGACAACAGUGA